CUGAACAGAAAAAAGGAAAAAAAAAAAAAAAAAUCCAGUUCACCUCUCAGAGGGAAUGAAUACCAAGAAAAUGUGGUAGUACAUAGAUAUUUGCAAAGGCCAGUGUAUUAUGUGAGCUUAUUCUUUCCUUCCGUGUAGAAUCAUGUAUUUUUGGUAUGCAACUGUUGCAUUCAUAUUACUCUUUAUGUGCUGCUUAAUGCUGCAAAACAAGAAGAGAUGUUGGAGAAAAUGGAGGUUCUCUAGAAAGGUUGCAUGUGGUGGAAUGCUCUGCUGUCAGCUUCUCAUGAAAAGCUAUUCUUUUCUCCUUGAAGGAUCCAAAGAAAUGAAAUGAUUGCUAAGACUUCUAGUGAGCAGUAGCCGUCAAUGGCUUGAAAUAGCCAGAUAAUGUAGAGAUCUAUUGUGGAAGGAGUAGGUAUGCUGCAAUAAACAAAAUAAUUUUUCUUAUAGUGCUAUCUCCACUAUAACUAAUGGAACUCACGUGUAAGCACAUUUCAUCUUCUUGCUUCUGUAUAAAAUCCAAUGACGUUUAUUAUUAUUUGUGCAUUGCAUUAGAAAAAUGGCAGCUUUAACGAAGUCCGUUUGCUUUUUUGUGCUUCUUGUGUUUGUUGGAAUCUCUGGGUUUAAUCGAGUUGAUGGUGCUGGUGAAUGUGGGAAGUCCACCACUCCUGACAUGGAAGCUUUUAAGCUGGCACCUUGUGCAUCAGCAUCACAGGAUGAGAAUGCUCCAGUUUCUUCCCAGUGCUGUGCUCAGGUAAAGAAGAUUGGCCAAAACCCUGCCUGUCUCUGUGCUGUUAUGCUUUCCAAUACUGCAAAAAGUUCUGGAGUCAAACCAGAAAUUGCGGUCACUAUUCCCAAACGCUGCAACAUUGCUAGUCGGCCUGUGGGUUACAAGUGUGGAGCUUACACAUUGCCUUGAAGAGCAGCAUCAGUGAUGGUAUCCUGUAAUAUGCUUGGCUUCUAUCAACCUACUGGAUUCUGCAUCUUUGAUGGUAGCUUAUUCUAGCAAACUAAUUUGCUGUAACAUCAAGGCAUCUAAUAAUAAAUAAAGCUUUUACUGUUUAAUUUUC